CAUGAUGACAAAUUAACUGGCAAGUUGAGGCGCCAGUGUUUUAAUUUGUUUGGCUGGAUCGCUAGGCCUACUAGAAAAAUAUAGAUCUAGAUCUAGAUCUAGGCUAGUUAGUAGUAGAGAUCUAGUAUCCAAUAUCUAGAUUCUAGAUUUCUAGAGAAAGAAGGCUCUGCACUGACGGACCCAACUCUCCUAACUGACGACUGACGGAGGCUACUGACGGGCCUCGCACGGCAAUGCAACGGCAAGGGGAUGAGGGUUCAUCAGCGAUGGACUUGAACCAUGAGCAAAGACUCAAAGCAGCUACUUAUUACAGUAUCAAGCAAAUUUCCAAAGAAGUUGAAGAGGACAUGGAAGUUUCUUUCAACCCUCAGAUCCUUGCUUUGUUAAAUGAGAGCCUUCACAGACAGACGGAAUCGUGGGCCAUUGAUCUGGAAAACUUUGCCAAACAUGCCAAGAGAACUGAUGUCAAUUUGGCUGAUGUGCGUUUGCUUGCACGACGUAAUAAUACACUGCUGGCUCACAUAGACUCACUGAUUGAAGAGAUGAAUGCGACAGAGACGGAAAACAAGCAGCAAAAGGAUGGGAAAAAGGAGCGGGGAAAGAAAAGAAAAGCGACAUCAGAAGUUGAUCCAGAUGAAUGUUGAGGGUCGUUUUUAGAGCUCUUGACGUUUUCACGGUGUAAAAAUUUUACUUUGACAAAAGACAGAUCUGUCCCAGAGUGGAUGGAAUGUUUCUGAUUAGAUAUUUUAUUUUCACUUUCAGAAUGUGUGCAGUGUAUAUUUUCUCACGACAGUAAGUGGUGGAGUGCACCGCCGUUAUGCCCAUCUAUAAUUUUUUGUCUGUCAGUCUCGUUCCCUGAAUUAUGAAUUUUAUGCAGAUCGUUGGCAGAUGUUUUGUGCAAAUAAUGUUCCUGAGUGUAAAAUUGCAUUGCAAAUGUAAAUAGGCCUAUGUUGUUGUACAUUGUUUUGAAUGGUUUUCAUAUAUGAUAUAUGCUGACGUCUGUGUAUCUGCUGAUAAUAAGGGCUGUUUUAUUUUCUCAAAAGGACCCUAGCUUGUAUAUUAUACAAUAAAAUUAAAGGUUGGUGUACAUCA